GAGGCGUCGCGUCAGACGACAUCGAUUGAGUCAAUUGUAGGUGUCACUGUAGGCAAAAUUAGACUCAACCAGUCAUCAAGUACUCGCAAAAAGUGGGGAGCAUCUCAUGUGCGUGUAUUGUUGCUGUCUAUUGCAGCCGCCAGUCAUACUUUGCCGCAACAUCCUAAAACCUGCCCUGCGAUUACCCUGUGAUUCGUUGAGCCUUUCAAAAUUUGGUAGCUGUAGUCAAGAGUCACUGCGUAUUAAUAGUCUAGAUUUCUCCAACAUCAUCCGGAUCAUACAGCCACAUUGAGUUGUCGCAUCCCUCCUCCGAGCCACCUCCGCAACAACCUCCGCGCACCCACCAUGACUCCCGCACAGGACAUUGCCGGCAGCGGCAUCAGCCAACUCGCACGCCAAGUGUCCAACAGCCUCAAUCUCAGCACCAGCCCAAACCUCUCUUUCCACAGCCCGCCCUCCACAUUCCGCCAACCACCCACUGGCAGCUUCAGCAAUCAAGCCAACAACAGCGCGCACGCGCAACAACUCGCCAAACAACUGAAACCGUUCGACACCAAGGACAUUAAGGUCCUACUCCUCGAGAAUGUCAACGAAGCCGGUGUCGAUAUCCUCCGGGGCCAGGGCUACCAGGUCGAGGCGAUCAAAGCCAGUCUUGCAGAAGACCAGCUGAUUGAGAAGAUUCGCGAUGUGCACGUCAUUGGCAUUCGCUCAAAGACAAAGCUCACCAAGAAGGUGCUGGAGGAGGCAAAGAACCUAAUCGUCAUCGGCUGCUUCUGUAUCGGAACAAACCAGGUCGACCUCCAGACUGCCGCCAGCCAGGGUAUCGCCGUCUUCAACUCGCCCUUCAGCAACUCGCGCUCCGUCGCCGAGCUCGUCAUCUCAGAGAUCAUCGCGCUCGCUCGCCAGCUCGCCGACCGCUCUAUGGAACUACACAAUGGCACAUGGAACAAGGUCAGCAAGGGCUGCUGGGAGAUCCGCGGCAAGACGCUGGGUAUAGUCGGAUACGGACACAUUGGCAGCCAACUGAGUGUGCUGGCCGAGUCCAUGGGCAUGAGCGUCAUCUACUACGAUGUCUUGACCACCAUGGGUCUGGGAACAGCGCGACAAGUCGCAUCUUUGGACGACCUCCUCGCACAAGCCGACUUCGUCUCCCUCCACGUUCCGGCUACCUCAGAAACCAAGAACCUGAUCGGCGCAGAGCAAUUCGCAAAAAUGAAGGACGGCAGCUAUCUCAUCAACAACGCGCGUGGCACCGUCGUCGACAUCCCCGCCAUGAUCGAAGCCAGCCGCUCCGGAAAACUCGCCGGCGCCGCCAUCGACGUCUUCCCCAACGAACCCGCCGGCAACGGCGACUACUUCAGCUCCGACCUAAACGCGUGGACAAAGGACCUCGUCGGCCUAAAGAACAUCAUCCUAACCCCGCACAUCGGCGGCAGCACAGAAGAAGCGCAGUCCGCCAUCGGUGUCGAAGUCAGCACAGCACUUGUCCGCUACGUUAACGAGGGCACCACUCUCGGUGCUGUCAACCUGCCUGAAGUCAAUUUGCGCAGCUUGACGCUCGACCAGCCCGACUGCAUGCGUGUUAUUUACAUUCAUAAGAACGUUCCUGGUGUGCUGAGACAGGUCAACGGUAUCUUGCUUCACCACAACAUUGAAAAGCAGAUGAGUGAUUCAAGAGGCGAUGUUGCGUAUCUCAUGGCGGAUAUCAGUGAGGUUAAGGAGGGUGAGAUCAAGGACUUGUUCACGAGUUUGGAGGAACUUUCUUCGUGUAUCCGUACCAGGGUCUUAUACUAGGCGGACAGUCCCUUUCACGAUCGCGUAGAAGAGCGGAAGGAAACACGGUCGCCUCAUCUCGUUGAGCAACAUAAAAACGAUGCGAGGGAUGAUAUGUUGGGUUCGUUACCGCAUAUAAGGGACCUUAAAAAUAUGGGUAGAAGGCUUUCGCACGGCGUCUGAUUUGGUGU